AUGCGAGAUAUAGGCGCCGCAAACCGUGAUAAUGUUAAGAAACUGCUUCCCGCGUUGGGACUUUACCCAUUUACCCAGCGACUGCGAAUGACCCCACAGCAGUUUGCGGAGCUGAUAGCGCGAGCACAGCAGGAAGCCGAUACCCACAAUUUGAAGGCCUACUUUCCCUUUAAAAAUUGCCGGAGGGAUGGGUGUGAUACUCAGUCCGCGAUCCUCUUCCAACGAUUGGUAGAGAGCUAUUGUAUCUCUAUCGAAGACGUUCCUGGCUUGACUGCCCGAGGGAACCAUAAUGUUCCAUCAUCAGAUUAG